AUGGCCGCUCUGCUGCUACAGGGUUCAGCAUCGUCUGGUGAUGGGUCUGGCCUCUCAGAAGAGGCCCUCGGGCCUGGAGAUGUGAACACCGGCAGCAGCCCUGUUCCAGAGGGCAUCUCCAGUGACUGGACAGAGAACCCCUUUAAGUGCUUUGCACCGCGCCCCAUCGCGGUUCCGCUGACAUGCAGUUCAUGUGUGGUCAGCGCUCCAGCAGGCAGCUGCCAACUGUGCCUUUGCCUUCACUUCUUACUUGCACACAGCCGCAAAGCCAGCCGGAGUGCCCGCCUGCUCACACGCCCACGUGGAGUGCCCGCCUGCUCACACGUGCCUAUGUGGAGUGCCCGCCUGCUCACACGCCCAUGUGAACCGCCCGCCUGCUCACACGUGCCCAUGUGGAGCACCCGCCUGCUCACACGCCCAUGUGGAGCGCCCGCCUGCUCACACGUGCCCACGUGGAGUGCCCGCCUGCUCACACGCCCACGUGGAGUGCCCGCCUGCUCACACGCCCACAUGGAGUGCCCGCCUGCUCACACGCCCUUGUGGAGCGCCCGCCUGCUCACACGUGCCCAUGUGGAGUGCCCGCCUGCUCACACGCCAUGUGGAGUGCCCGCCUGCUCACACGCCCACGUGGAGUGCCCGCCUGCUCACACGUGCCCAUGUGGAGUGCCCGCCUGCUCACACGCACGUGAAGUGCCCGCCUGCUCACACGCCCACGUGGAGUGCCCGCCUGCUCACACGCCCAUGUGGAGUGCCCGCCUGCUCACACGUGCCCAUGUGGAGUGCCCGCCUGCUCACACCCAUGUGGAGUGCCCGCCUGCUCACACGUGCCCAUGUGGAGUGCCCGCCUGCUCACACGCCCACGUGGAGUGCCCGCCUGCUCACACGUGCCCAUUUGGAGCGCCCGCCUGCUCACACGAAGCCCUGGCAUGGUGGCUCUGUAGGUGUCCUGUCCUGCUGGCCGAGUCAGAUGCUGUUACUGUACAUUCUACUCAUGGUGGCUUUUUAAUACGUUUUUAUGUCAAGGACCCCUUUUAUAUUUCUCUCCACCUCGAGAUAAAGUGGGAAUAUUAGGGAUGAGAUGGAAGAGGAGAGGGUGUUUUUGUAAAAUUGAAUUCAGGACUGAUUUGUUAGCCUGGUGCUUUUUAUAUCAGACCUUGUAAUGAAUUUUCAUGAAUGCUGAUUAAAAGACAAACCUGUGA